AGACCAGAGUUACUUAAGUUAAUAAAGAGGCAGUUUAAGGAGAAGGGAGAUGUUGAGUAUGCUCUAGCAGCUGUACUUGAUUCAUCAGCUUUAGAGAAAAGUUUAAGUUUAGCCAGACAGUAUGCUGGCAAUGCAGUAGGUGUAUUGGCCCAGUUCAGUGACUGUGAAGAGAAGCAUAAACUACAUUCACUUACUAAUGACAUCAUUCAAAGACAGAAAUGAUUGAUAGACUCUUUACAUGCAAAAACACAUCAUUCAUAAUAUUCAUAUGAUACAUCAUUUCCUUUUUUGGAUAAUCAUAAAUUACUCCAGCACUCAUCAUUAGCUAGUCAGUGUCAGCAGUUUCUUCUUCUCAACUAAAGGAGCAAUGAAGUCCUUCUAUAUAGCUUGCUUUGUCCUUGCUUCUUUUGCUUGUGCUGUUUCUGGACAGGAGGCAGUGCCAGAAAGACCUCUUGGUUUUGUUUAUUUGGAUGAUGCCCGUCCUAAAGUUGUCCUUGAAGUCUUCUAUGACCAUUUAUGCGAUGAUUCUGCAGCUAGUUGGCCCACACUGAAGCAGAUUGAAUCAGAGUAUUCUGGUAAACAAGGUCUUGAGAUACUGAUCCAUAUCUUUCCAUUGGUCAACCAUCAUAAUGCAUUCUUCAUGCAGAAAGCUGGUGAGGUGGUGAGAAAUGAAACACGUGGUGAUAGGAAUGAGACUGAUGAUGCCUUUGUAACAUUCCUGGAACAGGCCUUCAAGCAACAAGAAGAGUUUUUGACUGGAGCUGUUGACAUGACUGAGCCUCAAGUACAAGCAAAGAUAGCAGAAUUUACUGAGACUGCUACCAAAGUAUCCAAAGAAAAAGUGAUGGCUGGUUUUAAGAGUGAAAGGGUUGACACCAAGUCUCGUAAUGCAUGGAGAUACGCUGCCAGUCGCGGUAUCACCGGCACUCCACAGUACAUCAUUAAUGGUGUCCAUGAUUAUGACGCAGUUAAACUCGAUUUUGAUGGUUGGAAGAAAAUGAUUGACGACCUCAUGACAAGGCCAUCAUAAACUCUAUGCUAUUUCACAUGCUAUUUUGCUAAACAUUUUAGAAGCUAUUUGCUAAGAAUAAUUGACUAGAGUUAUUGUUUUAAUUCCUUUUUUUUAUUUUAAAUAUAAAUGAAAUUAAAUCGA